GGAAGGAGACAGACAGGAGCGGGGCUGGUGGGCGUAUCGCCUCCCGGGAAAAACCGCCGCACAGUGUGAAAGUAACUGCAGGAGGGACUGCUCAUCGUAGCGGAUCAGAGCGGGUUUUUAAAAUGAGCUAAAGGACGUUAAAUGUGGGGUUUUCUUUCGCUGCGAAAUUUGUUUCUCCUUCCAUCUGAAGCUCGCCUUAUUCUUUGACCUAUAACGCCUCGUCCACCAUCCUCCGGCUGCCCGCGGUGUGGUCCUGUGUUUUUCCUCACAGACAACAACGCCGAGAGCAGAGAGAGGUCAAGACAAAGUCACUUGUGUAGAGGAAAAAGGGGAGCAGCGGUUUCACUGAGCUAUGUGAUUUUAUAGUUUCUGUUUUUUGGGGGUGGAGAGAAGAGUUACAAAUUCGUGCACCUAUUUUGUUUAUUUAUUUAUUUUUUACCUGUGGAAGACCUUGGGACGGAUAACACCUACCCACCAUUACCCUGACAGGAUUUUUGUUUCAGGCGUCUACAGAUGAAACACGAAGAGCUGCGAAGGAGUAAGAUUGGACCUUAGGACAGCAGAGGCAGCUGCUGAAUGGGGAAGCGGAGAUCACCCAUAGGGGAGACCGGCAAAUGAGUCCAGCGUGGUUUCCUUUACUACACAUCGCUUUUCCUCCACUCUUUAGACACGGGAACCCAGCGAUACUAACCUCCAGCGUUUGUGUAUUUUCCUUCAAAUGACCGAUUAACGGAGUCUAAACAGAAACAGGGGGAGCUCGCAUGGAGUCCAAAUGAGCGCUCAACGCAGCGGUGCGCCGGUUUAACGGCGUUUCCCCCCUCUCUCUUACAGUCCUGUCCCAGCGGAUCACUAGCGGACAGUGGAUAGCUGUAGGUUAUAGACUGCGACCGGCCUUGCACCCGUAAAGGGCUUUUGAUGCAAACUCAACGGGAACUAAAUUGAAACGCUUGCCUUGCCCCGUCUCCCCUCCAGCAGCCCCGCAGCGCGGUUAGCCUUGCGCGGUGUCAGACAACAACAUAAAAAAAGUGGAUAUAUUUUCUUAUUGGGCUUGAAAAUUAUUCCGAUCAGAAAGGGGAUUAUUUAGUAUUUUCUUUCGAGUUCUUCACCUGGCUUGAAAAGGGAGCAAAUAACCAGAGGAGACAUAGCCUCAACAACAGGAGGAGAGGCAGACGCGCAGGUCUGUGGAUCCAGCUUGCUGUUCUGUCUUGCUUUUCUGUCCAUCUACCUGCCACCUCAGUUUAUCUUCAUGUUGAGUCUUAAAACACAGAACACCAGAUAGAGUUACCCUGUUGCCAGUGGAGGAUAAUGGAAUGGCUGUGGUUCUCUUUGCUGUUGCUGGCAGCGGCAUGCAGGGGACAGCCGUGUCCGAAACGCUGCAUGUGCCAGAGCCUUUCCCCAUCUCUCGCUAUCCUCUGCUCCAAGACGGGCUUGCUGUUUGUUCCUGCUGCCAUUGAUCGACGCACCGUGGAGCUACGGCUUCAGGAGAACUUUAUUACAGCUGUCAGAAGAAAGGACUUUGCCAACAUGACCAGCUUGUUGCAUCUAACCCUGUCCAGAAACACCAUCAGCCAGAUUCUUCCUUCUGCUUUUAGUGACCUGCGACGCCUGAGAGCGCUCCACCUAGACUCUAAUAGAUUAACUGUGAUAAAGGAUGACCAUUUUAAAGGUCUGACCAACCUUCGGCAUCUGAUCCUGGCCAAUAACCAGCUUCACUCUAUAUCUCCCCAUGCCUUUGAUGACUUUCUGUCCACACUGGAAGACCUGGACCUUAGUUACAAUAACCUUGCCCAGGUGCCCUGGGACACAAUUGGACGCCUAACCAAUGUCAACACCCUAAAUAUGGAUCAUAACCUCAUAGAAAAUGUUCCCCAGGGAGUAUUCACCAACCUGCACAAACUGGCAAGGUUAGACAUGACGUCGAACAAGCUAAAGAAAAUUCCCCCAGACCCACUGUUCCUUAGAAUCCCAGUUUAUGCCAAGUCCAAAGGCUCCCCCCUCUCCUCUCUUGUGUUGAGUUUUGGAGGUAACCCUCUUCACUGUAACUGUGAACUUCUGUGGUUGAGGAGACUAACCAGAGAAGAUGAUCUGGAAACGUGCGCCUCUCCCCCAGACCUUAGUGCCAAGUAUUUCUGGACUAUACCGGAAGAGGAGUUUAUUUGUGACCCACCAGUUCUAACACGAAAGUCACCUCAUACUGUGGCUAUGGAAGGUCAGCCUGCCAGUCUGAAGUGCAAAGCAAAUGGUGACCCUGAACCUGAAGUCCACUGGAUCAGCCCUGAAGGGCGACUCAUAUCCAAUGGAUCCAGAACAUUAGUCUUCCCUAAUGGAAGCCUAGAGAUCAAUGUAACAUCCCUAAAGGAUUCAGGAAACUUCACCUGCAUUGCCUCAAACACAGCAGGUGAAUCCACGGGAAGGGUGGAGCUAGUCAUCACAGCAAUGCCCCAUCUGGCAAACAGCACAAGCCGCAGUCGAGAUCCUUCUUCUGAACCAGCCCCUUCUGACAUCCUGACCUCCUCCAAGGUUGCACUUCCCAACAAUGAGACAAGAGGAGCAGACAGGAGGGUUUCAUUGGUGGAGCUGACAGGAAACUCUGCCCUCAUUAGAUGGAGCAGUCAAACCCCUACAUCUGGAGUCAGGAUGUUCCAAGUCCAGUACAACAGCUCUGGGGACGACACACUCGUUUACAGAAUGAUUCCAUCCAGCAGCAACGACUUCCUGGUGCGGGACCUCGCUGCUGGACGUAGCUAUGAUCUUUGUGUCCUGGCCGUGUUUGAUGACGUCAUCACAUCGCUGACUGCAACUCGUCCUUUGGGCUGUCUGUCAUUUACCACAGACACAGAGUUCAGCCAGUGCCAAGCAUUGCACAGCCACUUCUUGGGUGGUACUAUGAUCAUCAUCAUUGGAGGGAUUAUUGUUGCUUCUGUGCUUGUUUUUAUUAUCAUCUUAAUGAUACGAUACAAGGUUUACAGCCACCAAGGUGCAGGCCAUGGAAAAGCAGCCAUCACUGCGACUGCGCCAAGACCGCAGAGCAAUGGACAAGGAGGCAGUCAGGUCCAAGUCCUUCCUCGCUCUGCCUCAAAGAUGACUGACAGUCAUGACGACCAAGUCCUCGGACCGUCCAGGGCAAUGUCGCCUAGCAACACUCUGCGAGACACUGUCACGUUGGUCGAGGAGGAGAGCAGUGGACAGAGCCUAAUGACAAGGACUGACUCGUCAGCAAACGAGGAGUUGCUCUCACCCACGAAGUCCCGCUUCUCCUCCAGGGUCGCCAUUGAGAUGAAAAUUCGACCGCCAUCUGUUGCCAAAGAGCCCACCUCUCCCAAAGAACUGGCAGCAGCAGACGACAGGCGGCCUCGUAGCGUGGAAUGGAGGGACUUUAACAUCUGAAGGUCUCUCAGCCUCUCAAAGAGAUUGCGCCACUACAACACACAGAAGCCCUGAUGUUGUUGUGUGAAGACUGGAUGCUGCCCACUGGGAAAAGCUGGUGAAACCACCUGAAGAAUAAAGGCCCUAUAGCUUAUGUUCCUGUAUCUCCUGUUCACUGUACCCAUUAAUUUGUCGCCAUGAAUAUCACAGGGUAUAGACCUGUAGUCUUCAGUUUACAUUCGAGUGCUUCUCCUGGUUCUCAUUUCUGGAUUGGACAACUGUGUCAAGGCCUGGUGUCUGCUUGGCUGCUGAUUGGCCAGCUGGUGCAAGAUCUGGCUGGCAGUGUGACAUACCAAUCAGUUUUCAUGGAGGAGAUUUGUUUUUACUUUAUAGCCUCUGCACCAGUGUUGAAGCGGAGACGUAUAAAGGGGCAUAUGGAUAUGUUUCAACAUAAGAAUGGACAAAGACUUCGACAUGCAUGGACAGAAAAGGCCGAACAGUGAGCAAGCAAGAUGAAUGCAUAGACAAUCACAUUCAGCCUAGGAAUACAAUGCAAUAGACUGCAUAAACAGGUAAAAAAGAGUUUAAAAAAGCUUCUGGAGGGGUCUGUUUUGGGCAUGAACAUAUACAGCUUUCUUGGCUCAAGGCGCUCGCCAGUGUUUAUCCCUGUGGAAUAAAAUAAUUCAAUUAAAUUGAACCAAGCAAAACUGUUCCUGGGCUGAACUGGAGAUGGACAUUAACUCACCAGACCCUGAUUUUUUUUUUAAUAAAAAUGUUACCCUUGGAAAAAACAGUACAUAGUAAAACUUGAACUGAAUUGAAAAACCUGGACCCAACAGGACCUUAACUAGAACUGUACAGUGAUCAGAGUUCUGAUACUGAUUAAACUGUACCAGAUUACCAAGGACUGGUUUGGGUCUAGUGUGUGUAUUCUGCAGCUCUGGCCUCUAUGUCUUCUGCUUUCCACUGGACAGGUGAGGACCUGAUGAACCCUUACCAACCUCCCUUACAUCUUUCCUCGCCCCCUUAAACAGACCCAGUGACCAGAAGGAAAGCUGCAUGUCUGAAGUCCAGAAAGACAAAUUAAUGGUUAAGAGAAAACAAGCCAAGUAGCAGGGUUCCAAAUCAUGAGUCAUUAUUGAUAUCAUCCAAGAUUUUUAUCCAAAACAUCAUCAACCUUAACCUUCAUCACAGAAUAAGUUUACAAGAAAAAGAGUUGUGCACUACAAAUCAGAAUAGUUUAAUGUGAACAAAAAUGCUGUAUGACUGUAUAUUACUGCACAACUUACAUUGCUAAUAGCUCAGCUGUUGUCAUCUAGGCCUUGCACAUCUCCAUUAUCUCUUUCAUUAUUACCACAGUGGAGUGCAUUUACGUGCACACGGCAUGAGCGAUAACAGGCCACAUCUCACCUAAUGUUCUAUCUGUGAGGAGUUCCAUCUUCAUGUGUCUGGCAGAUAUCCCUUUAUAUUAAUCAUCAGAAUAUUCCAGGUGCUUGUUACUAGCAUCUCCCUUACCAUUUUCGUGCUUUGACUCUGGUUUGUGGAAAAGGGAUAUGUGAUAUAUACGGCAUCACGGAUAUGCAUUAUUCAUAUCUGUGCAUGGAAUUGCACUCCCAGCCAUUCCAUAAUGAUUAUCGUCAUGAUUACAGCUCCCUGCAGAUCGGUAGAAGACCAGGAACUAGAUGGAGAACCUCAAAACUUUUGACCUAUUCCAGAAGCAACACACCCCACGCCCCACCCAAAAAAAUAAAAACACACUGUCUUCACUUUUCCCCUUCCUGUGUUCCUCUCACUUUUUUCUUUGGGCUUUAUCUUUUGUAUGUGUACAUAAAGCAAUUUCAAAUCUUAUAGUUUUGUACAUGUAAUUUUUAUGGUGUGUGGAUAUUUUCUAAUAAAAUUAAACAAAAAUGGAUGACCUUCUCCAG